GAGGCCGGGACACCCUGGGUUUCGCCGCUCUCACUGGAGGCGCAGCAGGAACAGCGCUCACGGGCGCCCCCUGGGCCCCCGCGGUGAGUCGCCUUGGUCUUGUCCCGGGCCCGCAGGAAUGUAAUCGAGGAUGCUGGCCCUUCGGCUGCUCAACGUGGUGGCCCCCGCCUACUUCCUGUGCAUCUCCCUGGUGACCUUGGCCCUGCAGCUCUUCCUCUUCCUGCCCAGCAUGCGCGAAGACCCCGCGACCACCCCGCUCUUCUCGCCGGCCCUACUCCAUGGAGCGCUUUUCCUCUUCCUCUCCACCAACGCGCUGGGCAAUUACGUCCUGGUCAUCCAGAACUCCCCGGAUGAUCUGGGAGCCUGCCAGGGCACGCCGGUCAGGAGGACCCCGUGCCCCCCGCCCAGCACCCACUUCUGUCGGGUCUGCGCCCGAGUCACUCUGAGGCACGACCACCAUUGCUUCUUCACGGGCAACUGCAUCGGCAGCCGCAACAUGCGCAACUUCGUCCUCUUCUGCCUCUACACCUCCCUCGCCUGCCUCUACUCCAUGGUGGCGGGCGUGGCCUACAUCUCCGCUGUCCUGUCCGUCUCCUUCGCCCACCCCCUGGCCUUCCUCACACUCCUGCCCACGUCCAUCAGCCAGUUUUUCGCGGGAGCUGUCCUCGGUUCGGAAAUGUUUGUCAUCCUCAUGCUCUACCUCUGGUUCGCCAUCGGCCUGGCCUGUGCUGGCUUCUGCUGCCACCAGCUGCUGCUGAUCCUCCGCGGGCAGACCCGCCACCAGCUGCGGAAGGGGGUGGCAGUGAGGGCGCGGCCCUGGCGCAAGAACUUACAGGAGGUCUUUGGGAAACGGUGGCUGCUAGGCCUCCUGGUUCCCAUGUUCAAUGUUGGCAGUGAGAGCACUAAGCAACGGGACAAAUAGCAGGCACCUCCCCCAUCACUUGUCUCUCUGUGUGUCCCCACAACUCCUGUACGUAAGACCCUUGUCUGUACCCACAGACCCAUGACCACCGGGGGCUGGUCAAGUCCUAAUUCCCAGAGAGAGCCGUGUUGGCUGGUGGGUCAAGAUAGGAGGAAAAAUGGCCACCGAGGCCUGGCUGGGAUACUCCCGAGCCAGCCGGUGGCCGCUGACUCUUGGGAUGUCUCUGCAUUUGCAUCUCCUCCGUGAGACCCAUGCUUCCUCCUCUGCCUGG